AACACUCAGUUCAGUGAUAACACGUUGAUACAGUGUCGAAUUGUGUCAUCGUGAUAUUGACUAGCGACACGAAUAUUACAUAAAAUAAAAAUAAAAUGUCGGAACACGAAAGGAUUAUUUCGUUUCAAUAAUAUUCCGACAAGUCAAAAGCAAAUUGAUUCAUUCGCUAGGCCAUCCAUCGGUCACCACGCAGAAAUCAAUAGAACGCGACUACUGCAGAAAUGGUGGCUCCCCCGAAAGGCAAGACUGGCACUAAAGGUCAGAAGCAAAUCCUAGAAGAGAACGAUGCUACCUUGAAGUUUUACAGAAACAUGAUUGGAGCAGUUAGUGCCAUAUACAUUGUGUUCAACUUGGCUUUUGGAAAUAUUUUUUCACUCACAAACAUAUUUCUUUAUGCUCUUGUUGUAAUAUCUCAUGGUGGAAGUUAUAAAUUUAUGGCAUACAUGUCAACAGCUAAGUACAGUGAAAGUGGUAAAUUACUUGACGCUGGUACAGAUCUCAAUAUGGAAGGAGGCUUAGCUGAGUAUACAAAGGAUUUGAUUAUUUUAACAUCAGGCUGUCAAUUAUUAUCAAUUAUUUCCAAUUACUUUUGGCUUCUAUGGCUCCUAGCACCAGGUCAAGCAUUUUGGGUUGCAUGGAAAAACUUUUUAGGACCAUAUUUUAUGCAACGAUCACCUGAAGAGGCAUCACCAGAAAUCAAUGAAAAAAAACAAAAGAAGCUAGAAAGGAGGAAAAAACGACAACAAAACGUGCGUUAUUAAGGGUUAUCAAAGAAGUAUUACUUUUUUUUUUUAAAAAAAAUUUAGAUUAUUUUUUUAUUGUUCUGUUAUUGAGUUUUGUUUUGUAUUUAUAACAUUUUUAUAUAGAUGAAUAUUGUCAGUAAUUUAAUUAAUAUUUGUGUUCAAAUGUUUUAAAAGCUAGUAUCAAAAAAGAUCUAUAGGGAUUUAUGCUUUUGAAGAACACGCUUAAAACAAUUAUUUUUUCUAAGUCGUCACUCCUAAUGUAAAAUCUUAAACUUCCGAAACUAUAAGUUAAGAAACAUUGUGUAACAUGGCCUAGUUUCUUAUCUUUCAUGCUCAAAAAUAUAUUACUAUAAGUGAAA